UCUCAAGUCGUCAGUCGUUAGCCAAAAGUCGGACGAGAUUGCUGCAAAAUUUAAAACAUCUUCGGUCACACGCGCGCAUAUAUAAUAAAAAAACAGAAAGAAUAAAAACAAAAAUACUUCCGACUUUAUAGACUUUUACACAGAUGUGUAUAUAUUUUAGUGUGUACAGGCUAUAGUUAGAUACAAAGUGACCGAGCACAAGGAGCAAUCGGGCCAAGAGAAGAUCGGACUAUCGUCUCAAGUUACCCCUCUUAUAUAUUAUUAUAUAUUCUUUAACUUGGCACAAAAAUCGUCGUCGUCGGCUGCGGGUGAAAACCACCCCUUCGAGAAAUGGUCUCUCCAUAUAUAAAAUUUAGUGUAAUUUUCUUCGCUUUAUAAAUAUUUACCCUCACACACACCCGGCGUCCUGAAGCAGCAGCCGAGCUUCUUCGACCCACCCUCGCCCCGCACACACCCUCGACCACCCUCUCCAGUGGUCAAGACCAUCGGAGGAACACGCGCGAGCAGGGGGACCUUCCCUCAGUGUGUUUUAGUUUGCCAACCACCCCGCAAGUGUCUGCUGUCGGGCGCGGCGCCGCCGGAGAUACCAAGGAGUCCUUACGAGAGACGAGACUCCUUACGGUAUUAUCGUAGCUUCAGAGAAAGUCGUGCACCACAUCUAACUCGACUCUCUUACGGUUCGGACCUAAAAAACAGCGUGUGUGUAUUUUCUUAGAUCCUCGGACUAAAAAAAACGGGAAUCGUCAAAAAUUCAAAACUCAGUAAAAACCCGAAUCCGGAUUCGAGUUUCGUGAUUUGAAAAUUUGGAACGCAAAAAAACAAAAUCAAACAGUUUCGCGAAAAAAAACAUCAAAAAUCGUGUUGAUUCCAGAAGCUCAAGAACAAAAAAUACAAGACCAACCAUCUGCACUCAGCCUCAAUCAGCAAAAAACAACAAAAAAAAAUCAGCAAAUCGUCGAUGAAGAUGGAUCCAAGCCGUGUUUAAAAGUCGCUGAACGAACACCAAACGAGGAUUAAGUGGUUAAAACAGCAAAAAUAAAUAGUGUUGCGCAAAAUAACAUCCUGCAAAAAAAAUAAAUCAGAAAAAAUGGCCCCCAGUCUGCUGAACCAACAACGUGCCAUCGUGGAUACCGUUUUAACCGCGUGCCAGCGAUCGCAUACCAGCCAGCAGGUCGCGGCCAAUCCUCGCCAGGGAUCGUCAUCUAGCUUAACAUCAUCAACAGUGUUCCCACCACCCCGCGUGGUGUUCUUGCUUUGAACAAACUCUUUAGUUGGACUUUUGAGUUUCAUGAUAUAAACGACAAAUAACAACUGCAAAAAAUACAAACGACUAUAUCUAGUGUGUGUGAAAUGUUCUCCAGGAAGUGGUAUAGAUAUAACAUAAAACAUCUUGUUUCAUUAAUCGGACGGAUUAAGAAAAGACAAACUGCUUAAAUACAAAACAAAAACAAUAAAAAAAAAACAUUCGAAGAAGAAGAAAAACGAUGCUUACAGUGAACAGUGCCGCCAGUCACAAUGGGAAAAGUACGCAAACUGGUCAAAAUGUUGCAAAAUGUCAUCCGAAAAAAAUGAGUGAAAAAUUAUGCGAAACAGCAAAAUGGUCAGACAACUACAAUGACGAUUGAUGCAUGCAAUCGCCGUUGGGACUACUAGCGAAGAUAGUGGCAGCAGAAGAUAAACCUAGAAUAAAUGUGCUACAACACUGCUCGAAUUCUAGCAGUUGAGAAGAAAGCAAAAACAAACAAACAAACAAAACAAAAAAUACAACAUUUUUUCCCCGCGCGACACGUGUUCGUGAAAAUGUGGCACUCUCCACCCACCAAAGCGGUGGCGGUGCAGCGACACACACAGUGUUGACACUACAGAAGAACCACCAACCCCCCCGAAAGUUUAGUUUGUCGCAAUUUUUUACUACUGCAAAAAAUCCCCACGACAACACAACCGUUUAACAAGACCAGUGAGAGUGAAAAUUUUCGAACCAAACAAGCUGAAGAAAAAUCAAGAAGAAACAAGUCUGAGUGAAGUAUUUUUAAGUUUGAGCUAAUAGAACAACAGCAGUAAGAAAAAAAAUACAAAUUUUGAGGAAGACACGAGACAAAUUUGGGACACUGAGACAGUGUGAAUUGAAGAAGAAAAAGAAGAAAAUCACGAACUAAUACAAAGACUACUUAAAUUGUGCAACCAUGAACACUAAACUAGGCUAAGCCGCAACGGACGCUAAAACUGUGGAACUACCCUCGUGGAAACGAGCAACUUCGCAAACGGCGCCGGAUGACAAAUUGAUUCCAAACUUCGACGACAAACAAAGUACCCAAUUUUGACAAAACCGAAAAACAAAGAGAAGAAAAUAGUGAAAGUGUAAGUGUAAAGUCCCCGAAAAAACGAGCAAACUGGAAUACUCGCCCCCGAAUACUACAAACACAAAAAAAAAAUACAAAACAAACAAACGAAAGUGAAAACGUAAAAGUGAAAGUGAGCAAACCGAAGAAGACAAAACAAAAGAGCAAACAAUCACGGUUAGUGUGUUGAAACAAAACUAGCGAAAAAAAAGUCCUUUAAACCACCCCACCCUCGGUACGUGUGUCACACAUGUGUGGAAUACCAACCAUCUAGUUCUAUGCAGAAUUUUUUCACCAACCCCUCCACUCUCCCCCUGCAACGAGUCGAGAUCCUUGCGAAAAAUCUACAUCCUCACACAAACACACACCCACGUUACACUCGGAGACCGCGUGUGUAAAUUUUCCCCCUCCUGCCACCCACUCCCUCGAUACGUCUUUUUUUUUGCACAUAUUUAUGUGUGCACAACCGCAUCCUAGCGAAAGAGGAAGAGAACAUCCUUUUUUUGUCAACAAAUCAAAACGCUCAAUGACUGCCUUUUGCGCCAAUCAAACGGAAGUCAUUAACUGCCAAUCAGUUCAAAUCGAAUCAACCAAGUACAAAGCACAAUUGUGAUUAGAAACAUCCCCCAUAAUUGUUAAAAGGAAACCCUAACAUUCCCCACCCUCAAUACUAACUCCCCACCCCACGCUAACACUAGAAAAUUCCCCCAAACGACAAAAACCCCGCGAACAACGUCCCUCCGACGUCGUCGUCGUAAGAAAGCCGCGGCUGUCUGCCAGCAGUGUGUCGUCGUCGAAUGUCCUGCCUUUGGUCGACCUGAUCGACUUGGCCGUCAAUGUCCUUUGUCGCGGUUUAAGGCGGUGCAGCGGAGGCGGAAGAAGCGAAAAAAAAAAGAGAAAACCGCGAAAAACGAGAUCGGUGCAUUUGAGGACGCACACACACCACCACCAAGCGGGAAAAGAAAAACGAAUCGAAAAGAGGAAGAAAAACGAACAAAGAGGAAAUUCGGUGAAAAUUCUGCGCGCGUUUCUGUGUGUGCAUUGUGCAUUGUGUGGACGGUUUCACAUAUGAUACCUCUACAAAAUACACCGAUUCGACUUGUACCCGAAGUUUACCAUACAAGCCAGGUCCAUGCGAUGGAAGGGGAAUCCUAAGGCCGGGUUAAGAGAGGGGUAUUGUUCGGAAUCGUUGGAAGGGGACGUCGUCGUCGUCGUCAGCAGCAGUCGUCGUUUUAGUCGCAAUAGUCAACGCUCAAGUCUUCGUAUGUACCGCCAACGUGAUUCUUGGUGCUCCUGUUGUAGUAAGAAGACUCGUAACGUAGGCCAGCAGCAACAAUACCAACACGAUCGGGCACAAGCACAAGCAACAACGUGGAGUGGAGGGGAGAGUUUCUCCCACCGUGCGCUGGUCCGUUGGCCAAUAACGCUGUUUGCCUCUUAUGAUGUCAUCAGAGGAGGACAGUGAUUCUUUCGGUUUGUACGUCGAUAAGUUGCUAAAGAAAAACAAACGAGCCAGACAGCGCGUAGACGCGGGAGAGCCAAGAAAUAGUUAUUCUUCGAUACCGAACUUCAGUUCAAGACCGUCCUUGAUGAGCGGCGGUCUAUACGGGGCUAUUUUUAGCCAAAGCCAGCAGCAUUUCGGUGGACUGUUUGGUCCCAGUGGAUACGGGCCAGCCAACAAGAUGCUAAACGAGCUGUUGGGUAGACAAGUGAAGCAAGCACAGGACGCCAACGAUCCGGACAGUAUCAUGCUAUCGUCGAUCGAGGCAGCUAACGCAGCGGACAGCAAUAAUACCCCAACGAGUAAGCAUGGAUUUGAGAGUACGACGAAUCUGAACAACAACAACAACAGCAGUACGAACAACAAUAACAACUCGAACAGUAACAAUAACAACUCGCCCACGUCAGAUGGAUCUGGCAUGAUGGGACGGAGAAACAGUAACAGUCAGAACAUGUUGGCCAACGCCGCCAACAGUGGCGGUAACAACAAUAACAACAGUAACAGUAACAGCAGCAGUGGUGUUAUAGACCUUGACGGUGGUUCUAGAACACCGCAGCCCAACGAUCUGGCGCAUCACAUGUUGCGCAAUAUCCUGCAGGGCAAGAAGGAGCUGAUGGCCCUCGAUCACGAGCUGCGAACGGUGAGCAACCAAAGCAGCGCGCUCGGCGACCGGAUAUCGCCCGACAACAACAACGUGAUCAGCAAGAACAAUAACAUAUACGACAUUACCAAAUGUGACACAGUGAUGAACGGUGGUGAUAUUAGUGACUCUAGUGAUCUAGGUGCUAAUAACAACAACAGUGCUUCAACCAAAGUGAAUCAGAAAAACAACAACAGUGCGACCAAUAAUCAAACCAAUAGCAAUGACAACAACAGUCACCAACCCAAUAGGAAAAUUUCCCUAGACUCGAACAACAGCAAUUGUGAUGAUUUGCUAGCCUCGGAGCUGGCCCAUACCGAGCGGCUACUGAACGGAGUUGGCCUCAACGCCAACUCCACCGGUGGUCGAUGCUCGAGCAUAAACCCGAAGCAAGAAAAGAGUGAUGUGAUCGACGAGCUGGUGGCCUCCCUUCCGGAUGAAGCCGAUGAGACCAUGCCGUCACCUGCCUCUGGCAGCAAUGGAGUGAUAAUUACCAAGCAGGAGCUGGACAUUGACGAGUGUCUGGAGGAUAAAGAUCGGGACGAUCGGACGCCAAGUCCCAUCACCAGCAAGAACGAUACCGAAUCGCUCACGUUGAAACGGGCUCGGGUGGAGAACAUUGUGUCUUCUAUGCGGGCCAGCCCGGCGUUGAUGUCAUCGCAGUCGGGCCAAGUGAACGGAUGUAAGAAACGGAAGCUAUACCACCCGCAACAACACGACAACAGCGCCGCCGAGCGGUACGCUGCUGCAGCCGCAGCUGGAUUAAAUCUGGGCCUUACGCUGCAAAACUUUAUGCUGGGUGCUAGCACCGAACCAGACGAUGACGAUGAUGAGAUGGAGGUCACUCCACAUCUCCACCAGAAGCGUGUUGAGAAGGACGUACUUAAGUCCCAGCUGCGAUCGAUGCAGGAACAACUGGCCGAGAUGCAGCAAAAAUAUGUGCAAUUAUGUUCGCGAAUGGAACAGCAGUCCGAUACCCAGGAGGUGGACGACAGCGUCAGUGAUAUCAUGGAGGACGACUCGAAUCCAGACCUGACGCCGGACAAGUCCCUGAUACAAAGCUCGCCGGCAUCGACGCCGGUGAAGGACGUCGGUAAGAACGCGGACGCUUCCAGCAUGCUGCAGAUGAUGAGCAAAAUGAUGUCGGCCAAGAUCCACAGCCAACUGCCUUCGCAUCCUCACCUGCAGGCUGGUUUCAACGGAACGCAUCUCUUCCUGCAGCACAUGCAACAACAAGCGGCUGGAUUGCCUCACGAAGGUAUGAAUCAGCACAACCAAAUGAGUAAUGCCGCCAUGUACCAAAAACUGUUCAUGGAACAGGAAGCGCGGAUGGUGAAAGAAGUUGCUGAACAGCAGGAACGAAACUUGGCAAACACCAACCAGCAAAUGCUACAGCAGCAAGCGAUGCAGCAGCAGCAACAACAGCAGCAGCAGCAGGAAAGAAGCAUGCAAAACAGCAACCAGCAAAUGAUGCAACAGCAGGUUCAGCAGCAAAACCAAUCCUCUCAACCGCAACUGCAAUCUCCACCGCAGCAGCAACAGCAAAAUCAGCAGCAGCAAAUGCAAAUGCAGCAACAGCAACAACAACAGCAGCAGCAGCAGCAAGGUGGUCAGCAAGGUCACAUUCAGGCGCCACAAAUGCCCCAGUUGCCUCACCUGCCCCAAAUUCCCAAGGGUUCUACGAUCCCAUCGGAUUUGACGAGUCGGUUGAACAUGAUGCGAUCGAGUUCCAACUCGGUGGUGCCCAUGUCCGGCCAAGACCUGGAAGGCCUGGCCGAUGUGUUGAAGACGGAAAUCACUGCCUCGCUGUCGAGUUUGGUCGACUCGAUCGUGACGAGGUUCGUGCACCAGCGAAGAUUCCUGGGCAAGCAAUCGGAAGCGGCGGCAGCAGCGGCCGAACAGUUGAACAAGGACCUGUUGAUGGCGUCUCAGUUGUUGGAUCGGUCUAAGUCCCCGCGGACAAAGGUUACGGCGGAUCGAGGACCAGUCGGCAGCGGUAGCAGUCAGUCAGGUAAUGGACCAAUGCUUAAUUCUAGUCUUAACAGUGCUCCCAACCCGAACGUGGUGAACCAGUCUCCAGCUGGGAACCCGAUGAUCGCCGGUCAGCAGGGUAACGGGCCACGGUUGAACGGCACCGCGUUUCCACCCAUGGGAAUGCCGAUGCACGUGAACAACGCGCCCCAGCACGAUCCCAAGAAUAUGAAUAACAUGAACCAGAUGAAUAUGCCACCUCAUGUUCGACCUUCUCCCUCUACAGCUAUGUUCCAACAGCCGAAGCCUCCGCAGAACAUCAACCCGGUGGCCGCCGCAGCGCUGUACAACUCGAUGAGUGCGCUUGGCACGAACCAGGUGAAUCCUUUCUGCAUGCCAGAACCCCGCGAAAACCCCGAACAGGCCGAAGCUCUGAGCCUGGUUGUGACGCCCAAGAAGAAGCGCCAUAAGGUAACGGAUACCCGAAUUACGCCACGAACCGUGAGUAGGAUUCUGGCCCAGGACGGAAUCAUUCCUUCCGCCAAUCCGAUCCAACUGGACCAGAACAACAGCAACCAAGGUAGCAACAUGAGCAACAGCAGCAACCUGAACAGCAACAACAGCAACAGCGGUAACAAUAACAACAAUAACAACAUCAACAGCAAGAACAACAACCAACAACAACAGCAGCAGCAGCAGCAACAACAACAACAACAGCAGCAGCAACAGCAGCAGCAGCAGCAAUUCAACAGCCAACCACCGAGUGUGCAAGCGAGCACCCCAACCGAGAGUCCCUCUCCACGUGGUUCGUUCCACCCUCCACCCCCGUCAAUGUUGCCCGUGUCGUUGCCGACGUCGGUCGCGAUACCAAACCCCUCGCUGCACGAGUCGCAAGUCUUCUCACCGUACAGCCCCUUCUUUAACCCGCACGGCCCCCCUCACAGUGGUCCGCAUGGACCGCAGCCUUCCCAGUUCCACCACAUGAAGGUGUCCUCGAGCCCGCCCGGCAUCAACGGCAUGAUGGACCCUCGAGAUUCGCCUCCGCUGCCCCACCCGCCUACGAUGCUGCACCCCGCACUGCUGGCAGCAGCCCACCACGGCAACUCGCCCGACUACGGCCACAUCCGGGCGUCCAUGGACGUCAACGACCGGAACUCGGACUGCAACUCGGCCGAACUCAGCUACAACGGCAUGGAGCCUACUAUAUCCUUUUCAAAAUUUUCCUUGACUCCGGAGCACUCGUCAACAUUGACCCCGAUGCACCUGCGCAAGGCGAAGCUGAUGUUCUUCUGGGUGCGGUACCCCAGCUCGGCCGUCCUCAAGAUGUACUUCCCGGACAUCAAGUUCAACAAGAACAACACCGCCCAGCUGGUCAAGUGGUUCUCCAACUUCAGGGAAUUCUACUACAUUCAGAUGGAGAAGUACGCCCGCCAGUCGGUCAGCGAAGGCAUGAAGAACGUGGACGAUAUCCACGUGGGCAACGACAGCGAAAUCUACCGCGUUCUCAACCUGCACUACAAUCGGAAUAAUCAUAUCGAGGUGCCCCAAAAUUUCCGAUACGUCGUUGAGCAGACGCUGCGAGAGUUCUUCCGCGCGAUACAGAGCGGGAAGGACACCGAGCAGUCGUGGAAGAAGUCGAUUUACAAGAUCAUCUCUCGGCUGGAUGAUCCUGUGCCGGAAUAUUUCAAGUCUCCCAACUUCCUGGAACAGUUGGAGUAAGAGAGAGGAAGAAGGGAGAGAAGUUGUUGGAGGAGUGAGAAACCCAGCAGCAAACACCGAAACCGCGCUGCCAACACCAGAAACCUGCAAACACCGAAAUCAAUAAACCAAAUUACUGAGGGAAAAAAGAAUUAAUAAUAAAUUAAAAAAGAUAAAAAGUUACUUUAUUAAUUAUAAAUUUAAAGCAAAUUAUACAAAAUUGUUAUCUAAACAAAUUUAAAGCAAAAAAGAAAUUUAAUUUUAGAGAAAAAAAAGUAACACAAAGUAUAAAUAUAUUGUUUAAAAAGCAAAACGAAAACACAAACAACAAAAAACAAAACAAAGAACUAUUAAGCGAAAAGAGAAAAAACUGAAGAAGUAACAACAUUUGUGGUUCCUAUAAUGUAGUGUGCUUACGUCCAAAAAACCGAGCAACUACAACAGCAAGCGAAAACAACAGUGAAACAAAUAGAAACAAGUACUUAUAGACGAUAUACUCGCGUUUAGGCCUUCAUUUCGAACUAAAACAAAACGUAAAGUGAAAACCCAUUCAUUGGACAAACCAAAAUUUUAAAAAACAUAAAAAAUACCAAGCGAAACCACUCUCAGCAGCAUCACGAAAGCGGAAAAAACAAAUUUCGUUCAAUCUAAAAUCAAUACACGCAAAAAAAGAAACAAACAAAAACAAACAUUUACGGAUAGAUUUAGUGAACAGAACAAAGACCUCAAAAUUUAUGCUAAUGCAAAGCCUAAAUUUAAACCCAAGUGUUUGACAUCUAAUGUAAAAAACUCAAAAAACCUCAAAGACAAGAUCAAGACGAAGAAGCGGCGGCAGCAGCAGCAACAAAAUUAUAAUUUCGUGAAACAACUUAUGGAUUCACCCCCGUAUUUGGAGAGAGUGUUUUGGAAAAGUGUGAACGACAAACAAAAAGAUAACAAGCACGAAACAACUACAACAACAGCAUGUGAUAGAGCAGCGAGCAGCGCGAGAGAGGAGAAAGCGUUUUGGGAGCAAGGAACUCCAAACAACAACUGGGAGGAUCGCGAAAACAAGUUGCAGAACACUGUGCAAAAUAAGCAAGUUUGAUGAAAAGGGUGAGGAGGAGUAAACUGUAUUGCAACUCAAAACAAUCAAUUUAGGGAAAGAUGAGCGAUAGUUAGGGCGAGUGUGUGAGAGAGAGAGAGAGGGAAAGGGAGCAAAUAUCAGGAGUACUGAAAAACACUAACCAAAACACAACAUGUGAAAAUGGAUAAAAAUAUUGUAAUUAUUGAAGAAGAAAAAAAAGUUUGAAAUUUUAGUCCUCAGUUCAGAACGAAUAAUUUUGAUCUUAUUUAAUCGAACAAAAACUAAAUCUUUGGAUGCAUUAGAAGCAAAACAUGUAAGCAAGUAUACAUUUUAGGCUAAGAUCUUUUAAAAAUCGUGACAGAGAGAGUGCCUCCCGUUUCACACAGCACACCGAGUGGCGUUACGCACCGUUAUGUUCGCGACCGGCAAACCCCCGGCCGGGCAGAACGAAUUGUUUAUCUUGUAUAUAUUAUUUAUUAUAUUUUUGGCAGAUGUAAUAAAUUAUUGUUUAUUUUAAAUUGUACAAAGUUAUUAUCUAAAUUUUUAAAAAGAAAAAAAAAACGAACGUUACUCCACUUUGCAAGUUGGACUGUUUAGGUAGCAAAAUUUGUUUUUGUUUUCAAAGGGGGCGAAAUCGUUCUCAAUUUUCGGCAGCGUUAGAGAACGAGAAAAAAAAACUUUUCGGCAAUUUUCGGCGAUAUUAGGUUUAACAUUCCUGUGUAGCUAAAUCGAUCCCGAUUGCGCACACUGUUUUGGCUAAAGUGUGUGCGCAACCGACCGGACAACGCGUAACGUCCGAGGUUGGGUUUGCCUUUUGCGAACGUAACGCCACCGUAACGAAGAUGGGCAGGAAACUCUCUCGCACACAUAAAUCUCGCAUCAAAAGCAACGUUUGAAACGAACUUUGGAGCAAAAGAACAAACAAAAAAGUAAACUCUUUCGGUAAGAACAAAAAUUGUUAAUAGUCGUACCCGCGUGAAAAAAAAUACGCAAACUAUUUGAGCAAGCAAAAAACAUAACUAUUCGUAACUUUUAAGACACAUAAAUUCAAAAUUAAGGCGAAAGAAGUAAGCAAAAAGUGUACAUUUUUGAUGUGCUGAGAAAAUAAGUUUUAGCAUGUUAGGGUGGCAUUGUUUAGGGCUUAAGCAAGAUAUGUCUAUGAUUUUAUUUCCAAGUUCACGUUGCUUCAUUCUGCUUGCAAAAGAUGAUUUCUUGCUUCAAUUGGCUGAUCCGAUUCUGCGAGUUCGUAACAAUCUUCUAGAAUUCGGAAGCUACACAACUUUAGCACAAUUUUCACCAUGAAAUUUCCUGCAAUAGAGUCAAACUGAUCAAUUACAACCGGGAAAAGAUUGUUACAUUUUCUCCAGAAAUAGUUAGUCCAAUCGAAACGAAAAACCAUCACCUUGCAAAAUACAAAACCAUACCAAAGCAAAUCAAAAGCGAAUCAGCUAAGAAACAAUCGUUCACUAGUCUAUACUUUUACGUUAACGACUGAAUUUUAUUUAUUAUUUGGAAACAUUCCACCUUAACAUUUAAGACAGACUAGUUGUUAGCUUAUUCGCAGCAAAUCAUUUAACAUUUACUUGCUAAGAGAAAAUUAAAACAAAAUAAUUCUAUCUGAACACGUUUUAAGGUGAGUUUCCUAGUCUUAUGUAAAUUAGGUUGAACGUCGUCUCUGAAAAAGGAGGAAAUUACUAUUUCGGUGAAUUAAUCUUUUCUCAAAAAAUAUCACUUCGCGUUUCUAACGAAUAAAACUAAUAAUUUAAAUUUUGUGUAUAAAUUAGGGCUAAACACAUAAUGGUAAGGAUUGAAAAUUUAUUUAAACAAGCAAAAAGCAAACCAUGUAUAAUCAUUUAUUUAAGAUGAGGUGAGAAUAUCAAGAAAAGCUAGUUAUUUUUGUAACUGAAUUAAAAAGGUAUCUAUUAUUAUUAUUAUUAUUAUUAUUACUAUUGACAUUAAUGGAAAAUGUACAAAAAAUAAUAAAAUCUACUCGUACGAAAAGUUAUCACACCAAAUUUUUAUGAUUUCCGAAAAAUUGGCAAUUAUUCCUUCGAUUACUUCCAAAUUCAUUUCUGUUCAUUUUGCUUAUCAUUUAAUUUUCAAAAUGAAAAAAAUCACAAUGGUUCGCAAUUCUAACAAAAAAAAAGACAGAAAAUAUAUUUAUAUCAUGCCUUCAAAAUUAAACGACAAUGUAACUGAGAUUGUGAUAUUAAAAAUAUAGCUCCUCCAAGUCCGGGACCACCCCAGCGGGGCCAUGCAACAAUUUCGACACUCUCCAAUUCCAGGACAUCGUCAGCUGGAACCAUCCAAAACUCCCACGCAAUCUCCCGGCGGUUCCUAUCUAGAUUUAAAUAAAUGCUGUGCGUACAACCCUCUUUUGGCGAGCGUGUGAAGCGUUACGAAAAAUUUCCGUAACGUCACUCACCCAACUGUCAAACUUGCUGCACGACCAUUGUAGCUACCAUUGUGUGACCAUUAUUUACAUUUAGUUAGACAAUGGUUGCGGGAACAGUUGUGCAACGUGUUUGCUAGCUAGGUGCAACGUUCAACUCUGCAGUACUGUGAUCGAAAAAAGAGACGUUUGGGGUCUUUGGAUGAACCGGAUUGAUUUUGGUUAAGGUUUUGGGAGUUGUUGGGACAGUUGGGGGCUCAAGUUUCCGGGGUAUCGGACCAGUGAGGAAUAGUAAAAAUUAAGGGAAAUUAAACUUUCGGUAUCUCAAAGAAAAAUUAAAAUAAGUAUGACGGGGCGGACGAAAUCACACAAAUUUUGGAUAUUUUUAGGCACGUGAUAUAAAGUCAAAAAAAGUAUUAAAAAAACACACCAACCUUUUGAAACACGUAACAUUAUUGGGCGAAUGACACGCGACACGAGUUUUAGACCUGUUUCGGCAAGGGUGACCAUGAGACGAACCUUUCGGCUUGACUGAAAAAGGCAUUUCUUUUGUUUGUUAUUGUUUGAUGUGUUUAUUUCUGGGUUUAAAACAAAAGAGGCGAACCAGGUUGACAGAUUCUGAUGCAAUCGAGUGAAUGCAAAAUGACCAACAGUGCCUUUGGUCCGGACCUCGGGAUUGAAACGGAACCUCGCCAUGGGCGACCAAAUGUCCUCGCCGGAAGCCGUGGCGUAGCGCUUCGAGAACCAGUGACCAGCAACAAAACACAAACAGACACAACAGCAUAAAUGAAAAUAGAUAAGGCAUUAGUUCAUAAGCAACUCUCAACUUACAACAAAUACAAUAUAAAUGGUAGUGUUACAUUAUAUUUCAUUAUUCAAACCAGAACAUAACUUACUCUUAUAAUCAGUGUGUUUUAAACAAUAGUAUUGCAAGCAAACAAACAAUAGCCUACUCUCAUAAACAAUAAUCAACCAACAUUGAACGCAGCAUUUAAAUUGUACCAAACCAUAACUCACUGGUUCCGAAGGACUGCUCAAUUUGGACGCUGCGCCACGGACAGACGCCUCCGCACUCGUGGAACCUUGACUUACGGUCAAACGCACAUUCCUAAGUCCCACCAAUGCCGACCGUUCGGGGCCCAGUUCUGACUCUGAGGAUGCUCGCCUAGACCUGGCACUCACCAAACUGCCGCAUGGUCACCGGUAGCUCCGGGUCCACUUUCCGCGCCGUUCCACACUCGGGUCAUCAUCGGCGUGCCCGACAUUUCCACCGCGCCGCUCAUGCUGCCCCGGGAACCCCAAAGUUGUGGAGUUCUGUGAUUUUGCGCGAUUUUCAUCACGGUCCACAACUUUGCCCCCGGCUCCGACCAUCGUGAACCAACCUACGUGGACGGCCGCGAAAUGACCACGGCUCCGGAACCGGUCCCGGCUCAACGGUGUGCCCUCUAGUGACCAUCCUCACCUUCCACCAGGACGCCCCGAGCACGCCGGGUUGAGCGGCACUUUGAUUCCACGCCCUUUCGGGUUCCGGCCAGGCUCCCGGGAACAAAAACUAUUUCACCGGAAGAAGCGAUGAACGCGUGCGCCCGUUUUAUUCAUCCAUUCGGACGGAUUCACGGAAGCUUGGCGAGCCCGUUGGGAAUCGGUUCCAUACGACCACCGCGGUUUGGCUAUUCCGGGAGAUGGUCCGUGCGAGGUGACUGUUUCGACCCCACGGUGAACACGGACUUGAGGCAUGUCGGAUUUUCAGUUGUGCGCAGAAAUCGAUCAGGAAUCUGGAAGACCCUCAGCUGGUGAACAAGUUACACAGUGGUUACCACAACAGUUGUUUGACAGAAAAAAGUUACACAACUGUUGGCGCAACUGCAGUGUAACAGCCAGAUUUUUCUUUCAGUUUUUAUUUCUUAUCUCUUGUAAACUAAAACACUUUGAGUAAAACUCUCCUUGAACUUCUCACAAAUCGGUAACCAAUUGGCAAAAUAAAAUUCAUCAGCAAAAAGGUAAGUGAUUUUCAAAUUUCUCCUCAACUUUCAGGAAUGCAAACGUAAAAUUCCGUUUCGUGAAAUUCUCGGAGCAAAAAAGCACAUCUAACUUAUUUUUUGUACACUCAAUUAACGUCAAAGCGAGCGUAACGCCCGUAACGCGCGCGCGCAAAUUCAACCACGUGCCAGCUGCGCACGGGUUGCCUACCCAUAGGCGCAUCUCCAGAACACGAAAACACACAUGGAAAGAAAUCUGCCAGCAAAUUCAAACGACAAAAUGUACAAUAGUAAAAAGAAACAAAAAUGUGACAUCACAGCAACAUUUUUCUGCAAAUGCAACAUUUGGCCUAAGUGGUUGAAUUUGUGAACGUGUUUCACGGCGGGAAUUUCUUUGGUAAAGCAGAUCAAUAUUGACGUGAAAGUUGUGCGAAAGUGCAACACGCGGAGAAAAAAAUCCUUACUCGAGUUCAAUUACGAAAACAAAAUUGCACAGAAAUAGGCGUAGAAUUGCUUACUUUCAUUGGUUUAAUAAGCGUAAAGAAAAGCGAUUGAUUUAGAGUGAUUUGAUAUUCUGAUUUAAACGCAAAUCACAGAGUGGACAAAAACCCGGAAGCACCCAUAACGUACACGAAUUAACGCAGCAUCAGCAAAAAUGUUACUUUGCAGAGAUGGCAAUUCUAGAAGCUAACACAAUUAAUUAGGGAGACGAUUUUGAUUUGCACAACCGCUCAGAAGUGGGUCAGACCAUCGUGAAAGUGAAUUGUGAGACAAUUGAAGUUUGCUUAAUUUCAACAACAAUAGAAUGGAAACGUUGAAUGAUAUUUGAGAACACAUAAAAAUGAUUUGAAUUUACAGUUCCCAAUUGGCUUUUUUGACAGCAUUGACACAGCAGAAAGUGGCAAAUAGUUAACUUCGUACGAACAUCCUUAUUUGAAUUUAAUCGGGACCAUCAAAGGAUCUCAGCAAAACUUUUUGAAACUUUCACGAGUCACAAUUCACUGCGAGGGUCUGCUCAACGCAAAUGUGGUUGAAACUUUAUUUUCGAAGUCAAACAAUUUCAGCAAGUUUUAUAAAGUCUAGAACGCUCAACUAAAAAAAACCUUUUGGUAAAAGAAACAAACGCAAUACAGUUUACAGUAAUAUCCAUAAAACCAGCAACAGUGGAACAAUUACAAUAGAAAAAGCUUAAUGCACAAUAUGAAGCCAACUUACAACAACAAGCAACAACACGUCAAACCACAACAACAGCAACAUACGCAGUUAUGUUUGAGCAAGAUUUUUCAGAGUGUUAUAAGGAAACCCGUUUUAGAAACUGUUUGGCAUCGUUCUACUAAGCUAAGUUUAAACAAAAAUGGAGGAAACAAAUCAAUAUCAAGAAUCUUUUCGGACGCAUACACCUCGAUUUCAUUCCAGACCUACGUUUGACAAGGUUUUAUGAAAAGUUUAAUGACACAACAACAACAACAACAACAGCAACAUCAAUAACAAUAGUCGUCGCAAUAGAACUAUUCCGAAGCAGGAUUACCAGACUACUAACAACAAACAAAACAAUAGAUCAGAGAGGGGCGUUAAAGACUCCACAAAUGGGAUAAAAAAAAAACAGAAUAAUAAUCACCGAACUAGACAUACAUAAAACGAUACCUUCAAAUAACGAACUCAGGGAAUAAUGGUGCAACCGUUCGAUACUUUCAUAUAACGCUGAAGAAAAAACUGUUUUAAUUUUGACAGAAAACUAAAUAGCAAGUAAUACUAAUCCUUAAUUAUCAUUACAGAUUCAAAUUCAAGUAAAAUAGCCAAAUAAAUCAUAUAUAAUCAGUAUUUGUAUUUACAGAUGAUGAAAUGAACAAAAAAAAAACAAGCAAAACAUACACCAUUGUAUAGAGACAAACCAAUCUAACUUCCCCCUAAUCGCCAAUUCUAUGCAGCAGAAUAAAGCAAAAAUAGACGAAACAAGCGAACAAAUAACAACCACCGAGCUAUAAUUGUAUGGAAACAAAAAAAAAAUAAAUAAUAACAGACAGAAAUCAAACCCACUUGCAAAAUACCAAAAGCAUACAGCCAAAGACAAAAUUUCAUGAAACCCACACGCAGCAAAUGACUAAAUGAAAACUUUUUUCUAACUUUCUAGCAGAGCAGAGAGCGAGAAGCAUAAUGGAAAAACAAACUCAUAUAUGAAAACAUGUAAUAAAAACAAUACAAAAAAAAACAGUCAAAACAAGGAGAAUCCUUGGAACCGUAAAUCUACCACAGAACGUUGGAAACAGUGGAAGAGAUUUUUCUUUUCAUAAGUUUUUCAGUUAAACUUUAUCAGUGAAAAAUUGCAAGCAGCUGUCGAAAGGCAUACAGCAUGAGAAUUUAAAAAAAAAUAUUAAAAGAUCAAUGCGCUGCUUGGUUUUCCAACAGAAACAAAAGAAGAAGAAAAAACUAAUCAGAAUCGAAUGAAAAACAUGCAAAAAAGAAAAAAACAAUGAAGCAAAUGAGACACAAAAUUAUUGAAACAAUUUGAGCAAUCCCAUUGAGCGGUCGGAAAACAAAAAAGGAGUAAAAUUCACAUUUAAUUGGAAGGAAAGAAUGAAGAAUGAAAUGAAGCAAAAAAAAAAAACAUAUAAAAUCGAAAAUGUACGUAUAUAUCACGACUCAAAGAAGAUUCAAAAUUGUAAGCAAAAUUAUUAACUUGUAAAGAAAAUUCCGUUUUAGUUUUCAUCACGCAUUUAGGCUCGCUCGCUAAAUUUAACAUUCAAAAUUGAACGAUUUUCAACGACUAGUUUAAAAAAACAACAUCAAGUCAUAUUUGGAUAAUUGUAUUGAACAUUUGGUGAACAGCUAUUAGGAUCAACAGCGAAGCUAAAUGAAUAUUCAAGUGAAUUUAAUAUUAUAAAGAGAGACAGAGAGAGAGAAAAAAAAACAAAAAAGCACAAAAAAAUCUGUAUAAACUUUUCAAAGCAUUCAAAAUGAUAUUUUAAUUAUUCUGAAUAUUGAUUAUUUAUCAAUUAACUUAUAUUUUAUUCGUUUUAAUAAGUAAGUUAAAACGAAAAAGAAGCAAAUUGAAAGCGAUAAAAAUUGUAAUAUUAAAAAAAGCAAAACUCCGCGCGCCGCCAAUGGUCGACAAUGAACUGAGCUGUCACAACGUGCAAACCAGCCCGGAAGGUUCCGUUCGAGGGGUUCCGCAAACUAAAAAGUGUCGAGCAGAACCAAGCUCUGACCCACCCAUUUCCGGUCCCGGCCGCCCACCCGGUGGACAGGGGACACCCACGGAGAUAAUGCUGGGCGAGCCUGGGGGCUUGGCACACCAGCGGGUUCCACUUCUCGAACGAUCCGGGAAAUCGGUGCAAGUUCGCUGCGUUCACAUUCAGAAUGUUGGGCAUUUGUUUGAAUACUCACAAUCCACACUAACAUUACCCUUUUGCGAGCUAGAUCCCAACGUGUCGGCCAUUGACGGGUGCCGCAACCCAUACACUUACACAUUUAAUGCAAAAGAAAAUGAUACAUUUAAAAUACAAUUUCAAAUUAUAAACAAAACCAAAAAUCUGAUCACAAAAAUUAACACAAAGAACGAACAGCAAAUAUAAACAAAACAGAAAAAAACGAAAAUCUCGAACCAAAAAUAAAGGCGGUUCACUUUUUAUUUGAAUAUAAAUGAUAAAUAACAUUACUGACAAAAAUAUCUGAAUGAAGAAAAUCGUUUGGCGAAUCACUUUUCAAACAGUCUGGCUAAAUGUUGAAACAAACCAUCAAGAUCACGAAAAAAAGGGCGUCGCAAAACCCGAGCCCGCGGCUAAUCAAGCAAUUUAGACACGAAAGUAUAUGAAAACAAGCAAAACAAAAGUAUCAAAUCAAGGCAAACCGAAACAGUUUUGUUACGUUUCAGAACAGGAUAAACCGGAUCAAUGUGUAAUAACUGAUUUUGAGUUGUUUAGUUUUGAGUUUCAUUCAACAUACCAGUAAGAAGCAUUUCCCAGCGGACAACCAUCUCGUUUCGAACGUGGUUAUCUCUGGAAACACGAAACCUCUGAUUUCGAAUCGAAGGAUUUGUUGCGAAGAUCACCUUUGGUUUUCUAUAUGAACACUAUGAUUUCCAGUUUUUAAACCGUUACGAAUCGAACGAACUUUUUGAUUUUAACAACAAUAGAAUUUUAUACAGAUUGCUGAGCAGAUUUAUGACGUUCACGGACGCGUUUCGGAGCAGAAUUUGGAGCUGGUAUUGGAAAGUGCUGAAUAAAUUCAAAAUUUUUCCCGCAAAUUAAGUCACACCACAGUCGGAUCGGUAAAUCUGCUCAGAGCAUAUAAAAUACACUGGAAUAAUUUUUCAUCGUUCAACGAAUAGCAAUUUUUUCAUUUCCAGUUGAGUAACCAUCCUCAGUUUUAGCAGAAAAAAAGCAUAACAAAUAUAAACUAAGUAACAGUCAAGCAUUAGAAAUUUUUCGGAAAUUUCACAGUGUUUACAACAAAACAGAACAAUGCUCUCGAAAUACCAGUACCGAAGCAAAAUUCAAAAUUUGUUGAUAUAUAUACCUAACAUCUAUAGCAAAACAACCAUCAGCGAUAAAACAACAUCACAAAUCUAAUCACGGAAGGAGUGAAGUACAACAAGAUCACAAGGUCAGAAAGACGCUGGCAACAUCUGGAAAAAGAAAACAAAAACAACAACAAAAUAUGAACAACAUCUUAUACGAAUAAUCGAAACAAAUUUUCACUUCUAUUUUUUGCAAUAGUAAAAAAUAUAUUUCCAUUCGUCUGACAGCACCCCUCAGCUGCAGCUACUGGAUGGCAGUAUAUUGAACAAAGUUUUUAGUUUGCAAUAGAAACCGGAAAAUUACGGCCGGGCCUAUCGGUCAUCCGCAAACCGAGGUUCGUCGUCAUCUGAGGGCGAACCGUGCUCGAUAGUUUUGGUCGUAUGUUUUACAAGACAAUACAAAUGACAAUUUUAUUUCUCAUAAUUUUUCACUCAAACCAACAGCAACAACAACAACAAUAGCAACAUCAAUUGUAACAGCAUCAAACAGAACCAACAACAUCUGUUUAUGAACAACCUGUAAAAGCAUCAAUUUUUCGGCAUUUUUCCUCUUUUUGGGGCAAAUUCCACCGCGCCCGGAAAAGUGUCCGAAUACCCAGAAAAAACGACCAUCUAACACCAGAAAUUAAAGAAAAACUUACAGAAAUACGGAUUAAAUGAGACGAAGAAAGUUUUUAAAGUUUUUCCAUUUAAUUUGCAAUAGACUUACCAAACCAAACCGGUGCGAUAUUACCAGUCUCGAUGGUCCCAAAGCCAACCCGGAAACGUCCCCGUCCACUAUCCCUGAAAUGAAACACCCCCCGGCGGAAACCCUCAGUCGAAGGCACAUUUUGUAAACACAAAAAUACCGUUGUAAGCCUAUAUUGUACAUAUGAAAUUCUUCGAUUGGGGAUCCUCCGAAACCAUCCCGAUCCGCGUCCCGGGACCUAGCUUAGGCUGGCAAUAUCACGCCCAUCGAUGAAAUAACACACACAGAUAAAAGCAAAAACUGAAAUAAACCGGAAUAAUUUAAAGUACAACACAACAAUUUUUUAAUAAUAAUAUAUUAACGUACAGAAGCAAACAAUAGUAAUUAAUGAAACAAGAUGAUAUAUUUAUAUUUUUAUACAAAUCUUAUUACACAGACAAAAUCAUGCAACCAUACAAAAAAGCAGUAUUUAAGCAAAACCAAAAAACCAACCGUAACCAAAUUCCAGCGAAAAUGAAACAAACAAACACAUAAUCGGAAUUCAAAUAACCGGAAAGAAAGUGAGAGAGAGAGAACAGCAACAGAAUGAUUGAGCAAGAACAAACACACACAAAUAUAUAGUCGUUUAUAUAUUGAACAACAUAAAAUCUUAAUCCGUAAAUUUUACCAUUAAGCAUCCUUAUUUGACAACGAUUUUCUUUUUCCAAAACCAAAGCAAGAAAAAAAAAAACAAAACAAAACCAAAACAUCAUAAUGAAAAAAAUAGAAAUAUGCGCGAACACUGACGACGAAUCAACAAAUUGCAGCUUAUACCAGCCGAUAAGCGAACAAAAAAAUCAGCAAAACUGAAACUGAAACAAAAAAUCAAGCAAAAAAAGGCAACACGUAAAUCCACUUCUUAAAACAAGAGGAAACACUCAGCAGACUGUUAAAAAUGUGAUCAGAUAUAUAUUAUAUAUACUAAUAAAGUAAUUAAUUAGACAAAGCAAAAACAAAAGGUAUAUUUAAUGAGGUAAAAAGCAUUAAAUUACAAGAAACACUGUAGAAGAGCUACAGAAAACCAUUACAAGACACAAAAAGCGUGAAUGUAGCGGAUAGAAAGAGAGAGAAAGCGAGAGCAGAAGAGUAAAACAUAAGCCAACACACAAACGUAUUCAUUGAGGUCAGGCCUUUGGCAGCAGUCAAGGCGCGAGAGCUAAAUGAAUAUCAACCACAAAUAUAUAUUUUACUUUUCCUUGUUCUUCUUUUUUACAAAUAUUUGCGAAUAUUCGCUGUUUAAUAUUGAAAUUUUAUAUACAAAAUGUUUUUAUAUAUACACCAAAUUACAGAAGCACACACGCAGAAACAAGAAACAAAGUCGAGCUCUACGCGAGUGAUACGGAUACAAAAACAAAAAAAAAACACAACACACAAAAACAAACAAAUCUAAGCAAAAGCAAAUAUUUAUACAGUACGAGUAAGUAACAAGAGUACACAGAAGAAAACAAAAGAAUCUAACCAAGACAAAUAUAUAUAUUUAUACAAACAAAACAUAUAAGUUUACACAUAAUAGCACAAUAGAACAAAAUUGUUGAAAAAAUAUGGAAAAUUUGUACUGCGCCUGGUCGCUGUUGUUUUGAGACAAUUCGAACGAACGCACAUUUGGACAACCAAUCAAACAUAACAAAAAUACAAAACGUCAAAAUUCAAACACAAAACCACAAACAGCCACCGUGCACACGUACAAAAUUUACGUAUUAUACAAAAAAACAAACCGGAUUCAGUUAACGAUUACGCCAGUUCAGUUGAAAUAGCCGCUCUGUACGUUUGAACCAAAAAAAAAUCUAACCACGUGGCCACUUUGGUGGGCCGCACGGGGAAGUUGUGGAACAAGCACGUUUUUGGGCCAGUGAACGCAAUCUGAAAAUGACGUUUGCAGCAUUUGAACCGGGUCUUACCGCAUUCGGCCACCGCAGGGCUUGAGGACACUCGUGUGUUGACAAGUCUUGCGGUGGCCGAACUUUUUCGGAAAACUUUAAAAGAUAUUUACGAUGUUGAAAGUAGUUCAGGGAUGGUGUUGAAAGAACAAUUCAAAGUUUAAAUGAUUCGGGACUUUUAAACAAAACUUUCAUUUUCAACCUAGCGGUAACAGUCCACGACAUCAAGCACGUUACCUCCAGCAUUGUUUAUCUUGAGCCGUCAAACACGUUCAAGAUGUGUUAUACUAAAAGUAGCGAAUGUUUGGCAACGCAAACUGUCAACUGCAGAGUUGCAAGUUUUCACGGAAAUUAACAAAUUUAAAAUUUCAAAACAAAAUCUUCAGAACUUUUUAAAAUCAGUUUAGCUCUUUGAACUACCUUCCGCAUCGAAUUGGGUGACAUUUCACCACUUUCGGUGAGCUGUCACAAAACUUGUGUUCAACAUUUCGUUCGAAACUAAAGUGACCUCCGCUAGAGUGCAGCACCUCGUGCCCGAAUUUGUUCAGCUUGCAGCACUUCCCCGAUUGUCCCCGUUAGGGCCACAUCUGCCAAAAUCGAACGUACAGUACCAACAGGGAUGUUACAUUAUUAUUUUUAACACCGUGAAUGGAACACAGAACCACAGUGAAGCCACCAAAGCAGCAAAUAAGCUUGCCCUGGGCAGGCGAAAUAUUUGUGAUACUAAGCCACAGUUAGAAUAGUGACCAGAACGUGGUCGCUCUCCCCGGCCCGCGAAACAGCCGGAGAGUGGCCAACAAAUCCAGAUUUAUCUCAACACAACAAACCUUCAGUUACAGUUUUCAAACUUCAACGUUUGCCUCAUUUAGGAAGAAAUGGACUUCGAAAAUCCAUCGAUCGAAAAGAAUUACGUCCAACCCAAUCAUUGACAGGAGUUUUCCCGACGGAAGCACCGCCCUCCGCGUAACAUCUCGGAGCAACAACACCAUCAACAACGCGUGCUCCAUGUCGGAACCCACUGGACAAGAACCGUGCGGGGGUGACCACACCAUCCACGGUCAGACCCCCCGCGACAACAUGUAUACUCGUCCUGGAUCUAACCAUCGAUCAAUUUGCAAACAGUCAACCAAGAAGAGAGGAACUUCUGGCGAACGCCAUCUGCCCGGAAGUGUGGAACAUUUCUUGUCUCUGCAGCACAGUUACAGUAAAUUUGGUGUUUUCCGAAGCGAUUCUACCAGCCACCAGAGAAGAACAACAGAACAGAGAAGUUUCAGCAACAAAACAAAGCAAACAAAAACAACAACAACACGGAGUUUACCAACAUCAACAACAACAUUGCAGAAAACACAAGUGGUGGAGAGUGACGCACGUUGCUCGGUAGUUUCAGCGAAGAAUAAUAGUAGAAAAGGUCAAACCAGAGUGUGGACGAAUGAUAAAAUUUAAUAUUCGGCGAUAUUCACCGCUCGGUGGUGGUGCAAACUGGGUUUUGAGCGAUCGGGAAUGGGAACUUUUGAAGUCAAAAUUACUUUUAUAUUUAAUUUGGUACAAUUUAUAAUAUAUAUAUUUUGAUAAAUUUAGCAUAUCAUAGUCUUGAAUCAAAACUAUAGAAUUGCGGUGUUGUCAGAUCAUAAACAUUACAGAUUUAUUUGAAAUGGUUUUUUUAAGAAACCUAGCCUCAAUGUUCAAGAGUCGUUUUCAUCAAUUAAAAAAAACCAUGCCAAUGACUUGUUCAAUAAAGUUGAUUUCAUUCACGAAUAAUUAGGGCAGUGUUGUAUUUUUGCAAAACAUAGUUCUUUCGUUCUUGCAAAAUUAACUUUAUAUGAUAUUUUAGGAAUAAAUUCCGAUUUUUUAUUAACUAAUUUAUUUUAACUUAUGUCUAAUGACACCAAUUCAGCAUACCUCGAAUCAGUUACUUAAUAUUUGUGCAGAGAGAUUUCUCUCUAGUCAGAAAAAGAAACAUCCAGAGCAUAUUCCGCAGAUAGUUUGUAAUUGACAAAACAUUCUGAUCUGCAAAAUCGAUCGAUCAUUUGUGCAUUUAAAAAUUUUCGAAUUAAUGAAUUACAAAAAAAUGGUAAAUAAUCAACUUGAUCCGAAAAACGAAGUUGGCUUUAUAGCUGUCGGCCAACAUUGUGCUAGUAUCAAACACUAGUGUCUUCCUUUUAACUACAAGGACUACGCCGCCCUGGGCUCCUAAGUGUUUGAGUACGGCACGGAGCGACGGCGCCGGAUGCUCAUAUUUACACUUAGAAUUUUAAGAGCGCCCGCCGCGGGAUUCGAACCAGCAAUCUCUGAAUUGUGAGUCCAGUGCGCGGUCCGAUUGAUCCUCAAGGGCGAGACGAAUACAACUUGAUCCUUUCGGAUGCUUAAUGAAGUUUUGUAAUCUUUUCUAAUAUGUUUUAUAUCAAAACUGCAAAAGUAAUUGUAAUUAAAACUGUUGAAACUGUAACGGCUUUUUCAUCUAGAGUGAAAAUUACAUUGAAUUUAAAAAAUUGAUGAUUUCCCAAAAAAUACGGAACAAAAUUAAUAUUUUUUUAAGGAUGAAAAAAAAAACUUUUUGAAAGCAUUGGAAAAAUUGAAAGUUUAUUAAUAGUUCUGAUAAAUUAAUAAAAAAAAAAUGGUUUGUGGUUCUUUAAUACAAUUUAAACAACAGCUUAUUCUUCAUCAAUAUAAGCCAUAACUAACCGCAAAAGUAAUUUUCUAAUAAUAAGUUCUUUCCGACUUUUGCAAAUGACAAAGAAUUUCUAAAACAUUAAUGCUGAUUCAUAGAACUAUAUUGCAUACAAUUCUUAAAAUCUUCAAAGAAAAAUAAAAGCAUCACAAAAUGGUAUCAAAACCGUAUGCAAAUUUUAACAAAAAUGGAUAAAACUAUGCCAAAGAACCACUUUUGCUCCUUUAUUUUUGUCUAAAUGCAAAAAAAAAAAAAAACAGAUUGUCAAGGCAACAUUAUAAUGGAUCAACUGCACCAUGGCUGUCAAACAAGAUUAUUUUUGCCUUGGUGAAAACAAUCUAAAUUAAUUAACAACAUUGUUUUCUACAAUAAAAAAAAUACUCUACUGCUGGGCCCAUCAAUAAAAUUUUAAUAAAAAUUUUGAAUUUGAUUUCUUAUCGUUUUUUUCAAAUUCGCGAAAAUUAAGCAGUGAAGCAAUUAAAAAUCACGAAUUUUGCUAAGUAAAUUUACUCAAGCUUAAUCUCAAUUGUGAUAACCUCAAAAUGGAGUUACUACUGCGAACUUAACAGGCUCGUUUUUACAGAAUCAAAAUUGGAGCAAACAUGUUGUAAACCGUCACCGUUAUCAUCGACCAUCCCGAUUACGUGACAACUCUACCUUAGGUUAUCAUAAUUUGGAUAAAAAUAGUUUGAGAAAAUCAAACAAACACAAAACCACCUUCACCACCACCGAGCUGCGCAAAGUUUUUAAGUUCAACAACACAAACCACAAACCAUUUGGAUGUCAAUCUCUUGUUACAGCUAACGAAAAAAGAAGAUUUUUUUGUUAAAUUCCGAGCUCAUAAAUGUGUGAGGAAUUUUUGCGUUAGAUUUCCUGAACGAAGAAAAAAAAACGGGAAACACUUUUGAUUUUCCUAUUGUAUGUGUACCACAGAAAAAAAGCAAAAACUAAAAAUACAAGCAAAACCAAAAGUCAAACGAAACAUAAUGAAAGAAAUUCUACGAGCGCCGUUAGCGAAACAAAACCAUUGCACACACAGCCGGAAUAGAAACAAUUUCAAAUCAAUAAUAAUUUCAACAAUAGUGCCAGAAAACUUUUACAUAUUACAACUUCAACAAUACAAUCUUGUUUUCGAUUGCAAUAACACAAACGAUAUUUUUAAACAGAAAAUAGUAAGAAAACAAACCAAAAUGAAAAUUUACAAUAGUCAUAAUUGGAGGAAGACAGAGAACUUAAAAAAAAUCACAAUACACACAAUUGAAGCCGAAACAAAUCAAAUUUAGCGUACACAAGUAAAAGUAAAAUACAUUGAAUCAAAUGUAAGUGGGUAAAACAAGAUAAGCCAGAAAUCAUUUUAGUGUUAACGAUCAGUUUUAGGUAUAUCUAGCAGUUUUAAUAAUCAGAUUGGAUGUGAAAUGUAGAAAAAUUUUAAAACACAGCCACCUGUUUCCGCUGAAGCAAACAGGUAGAAUCAGCCAUCCUUGUACAUUGAUAACCUUAAUAAAACCAACUUAAUACGAAGAGAACACAAAACCAGACAGCAAACCGUGUCCGACAUCGGAUCACGCCCGAAUAAAACAUUAAUAGCACAUGGUUUCAUGAGAUUUUCGUCUGCCAACCGUUUCCAAACAAUUAUAAUCACUCGAAAACACACCGUCACCAAACUGAAAAUAUAGUUAAGAACGAACACCCCCUCGCGAGAAUCUCUCCCUGAAAGAACGCAACGACAACAGUUGAGGUCUUUCAGACAAUCGAUUGUAGAAAGAACAGGACACUUAUCCCUGCCCACAUUCGCACACACACGCAAACCAACAGCAAAUAGCUACGUGUAAAUGGACAGUUUUCUUAAAUGUGUGAUCUCCAGUGUAAGGGGCGGAACGCCACAUCUGCCAGAAGGUCAACUAUUAGCGAUUGACCUUUGGUACGAUGAGCUCCCAAGAUCAACCCAAUACAAGGUGUGUUAAAAAACAACAGUAACAACAAAGGAGAAGAUUUUCGUUACUUGUACAUUACCACUCAGAUAACACACACAUAUACAGACACGUGUGGAAGCAAAGGUGGGACACUUGGUGGGCAGCACCGACUUUGGGCGCGCUUCACUCAGCUCGAGCCACCGCCACGGCAAUCACCCUCCAGCGCUAGUCAAGGCAGCUGUCAAGGCAAACAAAAACAAAGCCGCCGGGGUUGACGUUUCUCUCGGCCUGUGCACGCGCAUUUCUUACCACGCCGUGUGUCACAACAGGUGCUGCAACAACAAACGCGACCCCGCUACUUUGACUGCUAGCGUUCCGCCACGGGGCGCGCGCUCGCUAGUGUCUAUGAGCGCGUGAGUGCGGCUUGGUGUGUGUGAGCAAUUCGUAGCGAGUGUAUGCGUGUGUGUUGCUGCUCACAGCGUUCAACCUAGGUACGAGGCAGAACAAUGCGUAUAUUAAACAGAUGAAUAAGCACACAAAGACACAUUUAAACCAGCAGCAUGCGAUGUGAAAGCAUAAGCAAAACACUAACAAGUUAAGUAUAUGAAUCUAUCGAACGGAAGCAAUCAUUUUCCCAUACCACAAAGGGGGCCACAGCGGAAUAGGGGUUCGAGUGCGUAACGCCCUUCUCAGCCCUGGGGCACCAACUGAAAGGACCGAGGGGGCCCGCCUUUUAACUUCCCUGCCCUGUGUGACCCCUAAAGCAAUAGAAAUAAAGAGACAGUCGGUAAGACUAUCUCACAGCAUCCUACUGUACCGUCACUGUUGAAAGCACAACACAAAUACACCAUGAAAGGGUAUAAACAAACCGAAGGAGUAAACAAAGAAAAUCAUAAAAUAAACAGCAAUAUCCGAGCUGUAAAAAGCAAAACCAUGCUGUCACUUUGGCACAGCUCCACAAACAAAAAGAUGCAAACAGUCGCUCAACGCAAGCGAGAGAAAUAGAUUGUCAAAACAACUGACAGUCCCAGCAAAUAAACAAAAAAAAAACAACAUCAAUCGUUUUGUUUUAGAGAAUCGUUUCCCAUUCAGUUUGAUUUGUCAUGUUUAAAGAAAAAAAAAAAUAGUUUCAACGAAAAAGCCCUCGAGAAAACCAAAAAGUCACAAACACACGAACACGUCUUGAACAGUUCUAGCAAAACAAUGCAAAAUGACCGAAGCCGAAGUGUAAACACAGAGUCUAUCCUGCUCACGUCAGUUGAUGUUUACAUUCGGAAUGAGCAGGAUAGACUCUUUGUUUACACUUCGGGUUCGGUCCUUUUGCAUUGUUUUGCUAGAGUUAGGAAAUACGAAAAGGAACAAAAACAGCUAAUUUUGAAGUGUUAUAGUUGCGUUUGACAGUUUCAAUAUUUUUAUCUACUUUUUCGUGGAAUCUAAAAUCUACCUCAAAUUAUUAUAUAUUUUAAAGCAAAUUUAAAACAAAAAGUAACGUCAAAUCAAGUGAAAUCCUAUUGAACAUGUAAGAAAAAUAUAUUAAAAGUAUUAGUAAGAACGAAGAUCAAACCAAAACGAUAUCAUUUGAAGUAAUUAUUUGCGUUCGGAUUUCUAAACUAUUUUGGACCUGAUUUAAAUCUCCAACAGUGAGAAAUCUGUAAAAAAUAUAAACAUAAAACCCAACACCAUAGUAAAAGUCGGCUCAACAAAGAAUACCAUACAGCAGAUGACUAUGUUACAUGCCAAGAAAGAUAGCUUUUGUUGGUGGGAUUUUACAAAACAAUUGCUGCAAAGAGCAUAAAUUUUGACACACAUACUUAAAAAGGUCGAGCGAAUAAGUUUUCAAAACAACACCAUCAAAACUUGGUUUAAGCAUUCUACCGAAAUCAACGUUGAGCCAGACUCAGUUUAAUCUUUCGGAUCAGCAAAAUCAAGCAAAAUCCAGCCAGUGAGAGGAAAUCCACUGAAUGCAUCUGAAAAAGCAAAACUGUAUGUUUAUGUUCCCACACAACGCCAACAUCUACCAAACCAUCAAUAGGAAACUGUUGAGUGAAAAUUGUAUCAAUAUUUUCUUUGUCGAAAAGUUUCUGUAAGAUCCUAACAAGAACUAGGAUGAACGUUUCGUUUUUUCCCAAACUGAUUUGUCGCAGUUUAGCUGCUCUUUUGUAAAGUAAAUAAUUUGCAAGUCCUUUAACUUUUACAUUAGUUGAUAGUUUAUUUAACAAGCUAAGUUAAUUUGUACUAGUUGUAGAUCUUUAUGAGUGAAUACUAUAUUUACUUGUAGUAAUUUGAAAAAAAAAAACUAGGAUUAAAUUAAUAGAACGAGAGUUAUUACGAUCCAAUCGCAAGCAAAUCCGAAAGCUGACAUCAAACAUCGCCAAAAAUUGCGAAUCGAAUGGUUCCGAGCUACACCUUAGGUCUAGAGACCCUCGCCUCGAUCCUCUUGAGUAACAUCAAACAAUCGGCAAAUCAAAACCUGAUUGCCAACCACCGUCAGCACUGUUCAGCACUGCCAUCUGCUGGAGGAUCGAACGCGUGCUGUCAGUCUCAGACCUAUCGAGUGCGACGCGGUGCUGCCACCCGUGGGGAGUAGCAAAAACACUGACAUCUCGGUUUGCCAGCACUUUACCCAUGGCCAUGCAUCGCUAAUGAACCACGCUCGAUUUGUUUCAAUUUUAGUGAGAACAGUUUUUCUGGUUUUCUAGCUUACCACUACUAGCAAACAGCAACACAAAUACAUAUACGAAACAGAAACAAUGCAAAAUCAAAACACAGAAAAUGAAAAAAUUCAAUCAAUCUAAUUCAAAGUAAAAAAAUGUUUGGUUAAUUGAUUUGUAGAUAAAACAAAGUAGGAAUGACCAAAAAAACAAAGAAGGAAUAUAUCGAACAACUUAUAAUAUAACAUCCAUGGGAGCACAACAUCCAGCUCAAAAUAAAACAAUUGAUUGUAUGAUUUUCUAAUAUUGUUUGCAAACAAAAACUUUUGAAUUGGAUAAGCGAAAUUUCUCCUAGGGGAAUCGUUCGCUUGUCUAAUAUUUUUAAACAAACAUCACAAAAACAGAUUAACAGAGAUAGCAACAGUUUUGGCAAUUUUUUGGAAAUCUAUUAAGAAAUAACAUUUACCGGACAUUUUUCAAGAUGAUGAAUCGUCAGAGCAAUGCUCUGAAUGAUUCAUCAUUUAAAGUCGUUUCUUUUGUGGGAAAACAUUUGAUUAACAUUAAACAGAUUUAGUUGAUUUACACACAACUGCACACACAUUUACUAAGAUUUGAAACGGAAUAGGUACAGCAAAUACUUAUUCCGAAGGAUACAUCAGCGAAGAUAAGUCAUGGAAAGAGAAAGGUCAACAUCUGGAAGAUAAGAAGAAGCAUGGAAACACCUGGAAAAGAAGAUAUACAGCAAUAGAUAUGAAAGGACAUUCCUUAUUAUUUCUAUAAGGGUGCUUACAAAACAAAACAAAUAAACAAGCUACUAAAAACAACAAAUAGGCGGUCAAAAUUCAACUCAAAAUUCAACAGUUACAGUUAAUUUGUCAAAAACAAAUUCAAAAUUUAACACAACACUCAAAAUUGAAACUGUCGGAAAAAUUCGAACGAAAACAUUGUCAAAAUUAAACCAAAAAAAAGCACCAGGAAACAAAAACAAACAAGAGGAGAUGGGACAGACUGAAGCCAAACGAAUUUGAACAAAGCUAAAAUGUCGGGAGCUUUGGCAACUUCAGGUUCUGCCCCAAACCAAAUCGAACAACUCCAUCGUUCAUGCAGCAAGGCAUCACUUUGUGAAAUGAUUUGGAAUCGAUUAAUUUACUCCUCAGUUACAGAUUCCAACCAGUAACAGCAGAAUACUAACCACAAAAAAUACAGUUUAGACUAGCAAAAACAAACUUACUGGAAACGACAAUAUAUCACAGGAAAAAAUAAGAAAUUUGACGAGCAAACACACACAAUAAGAAAAACACAACAUCAAGCAUUUUCGAAGAUGCAAAGGAUAGUAUUUGGUUCGGAACGCGCUAAUUUUUCGGAACUUUUGGAGACAUUUUUUUUUACUUUGUGUUCAUCACUAGAAAAAAAAACAACUAAAUAAAAACAAACGAAAACAAAACAGUUGAAAAGCAACAAAACAAAAAGAAACAAGUGAAAUAUCACGUUCUCGGCAAUGUUUGGGAUUCCCGGUCUAAAGAAAAAAAUAUCACGAAAAAAGUACAAGCUUAUUUGAAGCACCUUCGCGCCUUAUCUUUAAAGAGAAAGUAUGGAGAAGCAAAAGAAAACAAAAAGAAGUAAAUAAGAGUAAAUAAUUAAAUCUAAAGCAAAAACAAAACGGAAAACAUACAUUUAAACCAAUUUUGAGGAAACAAAUCUAAACAUAAAGAAGACAAAAAGAAACAAAACCAAUUGUGUGUAAUUUUUACCAAAAUCUGCCUUAAAUUAUAUUUUCUUAUAUACAAAAAGUACAUGAUUGCAAAAAAAAUGCAUCAUAACCAUGUGAAUAAGCAAAAAUAAAGAAUAAUAAAUUAAAGAAAAUCCUACUAGUGUGAUGGUUUGCUAUACGACUGAAUAAAAGCAAACAGAUAAAUCGAAGUAAAAUUGUAACCAUUACGCAAUUUAGUGGAGAAAAAUAUCACGCGACAAUUGUACGAUUUAUAGCUUUUGUUCAUAAGAACGAGCAAAGAGUUUUGAGCUAUCUUAUGAAUUUGAUGUUGUUCGAUAUUUUUAAAACGCUUUCAGUUUGUUUUUCUCGGAAUGUGUUGUUUUUGUUUAAAGUUCACAGACGUUUAUUUUAUUUUAUCGAAAAAAACUUUGAUGUUUUUUGUUUGAAUUUCGACUUAAUCCUAGAAAUGAAAUAAAAAACAAACAAUGUAGUGAACGCAAAGUUUGGCAGCAAAACUUAAAUUCUAAAAGCAUCAUCUUUCAAGACACUUGAACACAAACAAAUACACUGACAUUGACACACGAACGCAAGUAGGAAACCCGAAAACUAAAGCAAACCAAGCUAGCGAACAUGUUGCACAACCGUUUUUGCAACCAGGUUGCUGCAACUGCAGUGCAACACGUUUGCUGCUCGGGGAUGACUCACAUACACGAUGGGAGCGUAGUUUGACGAAGCUGCGGAGAAGAAGGUGGAGAAACACACUAGGAGCAAGUUUGUUUUGUUUUUAAGCUUUAUUUAGUACAUCAUUCUAAGUAUCAGAGAGAUUUUAACAAGAAGAAGCAGAGAGAAAGAGACAGAGAGAGAGUGAGAGAGGGAGAUAAAGUAAUGAUCGAAAACGUAGCUGAGAAAUAAAGAAGAUCACAAGCAAACAGCAAACAACAUCAAAACUAAAAAAAGGGGCAAAACGGCGAGUAUAAUAAAAACACACACAUACACUUUCACUGUACUGAGUAGAAAAGAGAAGGAGCAGAAGAAGAAAAAGGAGAAAAAGAGUAACACUGGAACAUGAAGGAGACAAAUUGCAAACAGAAACACAUGCAUUCUGGUUGAUGCACAUCGAGAAGCCCAGUUGACGUGGUACGUCAAUGGGUGUUAAAUACAAACAAAAAAAAAUCAUAAUAAUUAAAAGAGGGAUGACGAAAAGACUUGCAAAAGUUCUUUUUUCGAUUGUGGGAUGUAGUAUAUGUACAAUUGUUGGAAGCCGAACCGAGGAAAGGAAGACUUUCUGGAAAAUUUAUUAUAAUUAAAUGCCAACCAUGGUAUACUUAAUCACAAAAGUCAGAUCUGUAAUUUAAUCCCAAGAGCAAAAAAAAAAACAAAGAAAAAUUCAGAAAAUAGUCAUGGUAGCGGUUAUUUCUAAAAAAUAAAGCAAGCAAACUCCGUCAACUCGUUGACAACCGUUUGCGAACAAAACAGGCAAAUUUAAAACUUUCGGAUCCGGCAAAAAGUUUAAAAGCACGACGGGCCACGUGCGGCCUGGGAUGUCCCUAUCCGGGCUGCCAUGGUCCGUUGGAAGAGACGUUUUAGUUCGGUACUAUCCUUGGUUGAUACACUGGUUUUUGGUUAAUUAUAACGGUUAGAGAGGCGACAGGUCCGUUUUCUCUCUUGCCAUACUUUUCACCACAAAACACACACAAACACACAUACACAGGUGAACAAUUCAAGCGGACAAACACACACACACACACAAACACAAACACACCGAUACAGAGAAAUAAUCUUUGAUAUUUAUGAUUUACAGGAUGCCACCAUCAAAAAUGCGCCACAAAUCAGCAUGUCUCCUUCCUUUCGGGGGGCCAUGUUGACCUCGCGACGCACGUACGACUUUACUGUUGAAGGACUUCCGGCUGUGGAGAAUCCGGUUUCGGCUCCCGACCGGAAGUUCUUCCUCUGUUUAGAAGAGAGUCAUUUGUACACUUUUAGUUUCCAGAGUCGUUUACGAUUGAGUUUACAACUCUUUAGGAAUUCAUAAUUGAAAGUGGAUUAUUUUUCGAAAAAUGAUUAUGAAAUGUUUGGAAGCGCAAAUUAACAGUUAAAAAAGGUGCGCGAUUUCAAGUUCGCAACAUUGGAGAAUGUUGGCGUUUAGUUACCUUGGUUAAAUUGGAAAUUUUUCGACCAAAUUCCAAAUCUUUCCGAUGCUAGCAAAAUUCAUUGAACCAGUUGACUGACAACGGAAGGGACUGACUUCAACAGCUGCUUUUGUUGAGUGUGAUAUUUUGUUUGACAAAAUUCACAAACUUUUUGUGACAUAUAAAUUCAUAUUUUGUCAACUAUACCAAGUUACUAACCUUUAGUAACUAGUAGAAAUAGUUCGUUUAAGAAUUGGCUUCAAAAAUACAUUUUUCAUGCAAUGAUACUAUAGACUUCAGAAAAAUUAUGGGUGAAGAAAUUCUUUUCAAUACGCAAGUAACAUCAUCCAUGUUAAAAACUGAACCAUUUGGAGGAAAACCAGCAAUAUUAUGUUAAAACUAACAGUUUCAACAACAAUAAAUAAUGCUGUUGCUAACCGAAUCUGGAUUCAAGUCAUAUUUUAAGUCUGCCUGUCAGGUUUGACAGUUUUUAGCAAAAGUCUAUUUCAAUAGAUAAAUAAUCGUAUUAACAUCAUAAAAAAACACAAUCGCACUCAACCACGGGCAAAAAGUCCCUUCGAUUUUUUUUUUGAAUUUCGAUUCAAACAGCACCUUUGGCUUAGUAUUUCGGAUGUAACACUCCCGGUUUAGAGAAUAUGUCACUCAACAGCAAAAUGGUUCAAAAUUCGAAACAAAAGUAUCAAUCACGCAAAUUACACACGAAAUCAACUACUUGUCUAUUGGUAAGAUACACACUAAAUUGAGAUAAUGUUUCGACAAAAAAUGUAUUUUGCACAUCACAGUCGUACCGAGACCUUCGAAAAUGAUGCGAUGCAAAAUGUGUGAUCAGUACAACACUCUUCAUGAUCAUUUUGACGAAAUAAUAGCUUCAAUGAUGAAUAGCAACAAACCAAAACAAAAACAAACAAACAAAAAACAAUGAUCGACAGCAGUCACAACACACACAACCGGAGUUCAGUUGGCGAUCGUACUCACACAAACGGUCGAGCAUUCUCAAAACUGAAAUAGCCAUGUUUUUUAUCUCUGACACAAUCCAAAACCGUUCUCGCAAUAGUCAACAAUGAAGGCAAUCAAAAGAAAUAAAACCAAAAAGAGUUUACAGUUUUAAGUUUUCUGUUCGCCACGUGUGCGCGGAAAAUGGCGGCGUGGACAAGCGAGACUCGAUUUGAAAUUUCCGCUCGAAAUAUAUUUUUUCAAAGGAGUUGAACAAAAAAUUCACGCCCCUUUGAAGCGUAAAUUUUGAUUGUGAACAAAUCGUUACGAGCAACUCCACGUUGAUACUCACCCCAAAGUUGGGACCAAGCAAAAGUACGCAAAGUAAGGCGCAUGUGGCAGCAAUUCUGGAGCGAAAAGCGCGCUUUUUUAAACACGUUCCGGCAAUCGGCGUAUCAACCAUUCACGUUUGGCAGCGAAAUUGCAAUAGCAACACAGUCACAACCACGAGUCAAAAUUAGUAUCAAAAUUGAAAGAAACCAAAAGCAGCAGCAGCAAAAAAGAAAAAAACGUUUUUAAAACCAAAACACGGCAACACACACUUGGGCCACUACGUCCGAUCUAAAGUGCCUUCAAGAAAAAAAAAAUAAUAAUAAAAAUAUGAAAUGUUGAUUUUUACGAAAUGAAAAAGUAAAUAAAUAAGUUUUAUAUACAAAAAGAGAGUAAAAAAUAAAUAAAAAACGGGCCCUUUAAUAGACUUCUCGCCCCACCAAAAUGCGCGACUGUUUGUGUGCGAUCCGGUGUUGUUUUUCUGAGUUGUUAAGUAAAAUUCACAACCACAACCACAAAAAAUACAAAAUCAUUCAAACUGCAUGCAAUAGUAAAACCGGGCUCUUUUGUUUCUCACACAUACACAUCCACAAAGCGACAGUAACAAAACUUUAGAAAUAACACGACGUAUGUACUAUGUCAACCAAAAAAAUAAUAAUAUAGACGUAAGAUUACAUGAUAAAUAUGCAAACAGAAAAACGGAAAUCCAAAAUUGUACUGUUACGUACUAUGUGAAAGUAAAACAGAAAACCAACAAAAAAACCAAAAAAAAAUAUGAUAUACUCUCACAGAUUGUCAUUUAUGUAAAACUACCAGGACACGAAACAAAAAAUCACACUCUGACAAUGCGAAUGACAACGGAGAGCAAGUCAACACCCAUUUCUAUGGACUGGCAAGGCAAAGUAAGGGAAUCCAAAAUAAACAUUAAAAAAACAACCAAAAGUCGAGAAAAGCAUAGCAAGUAGUACUCAAAUAAAUAACGCAUACUAAGAGAAGAAAAAAUAUUCAACCAAUCUACGAACACACACGAAUCUUAUAAAGUAUUAUAAGCCAACUACCAAUUCUAUUACCCAUUUGUAAUCAAACAAUUGAGUUUUGUUUCUUUUUCACGCAAAAGUGCGAAUCUCAUACUCACUCCCACACACAUUUAUGACCCGAGAUGAGAUGCCGUCCGAGGACGGCAAUGUAAUGUUAUUGUUUUAGACGCAUUCUAAGUUAAGAACCUUAUCCUCAUUAUAAAAACCAACAGCAGCAGAACAAAACAAAAGAAUCCUAGAGGAAAACAACAGCAGCAGCAGAACACACAGAACACAGAACACAAGCUCAUUACUAAUAAACAAGUAAAUGAAUGCGAAACGAUUGUAACACACACAAAUCUCAAAAAUGAAAGAAAAAUUUCCAAAAACUUAUCAAGAAGAGGCGAGAAAAAAAAGCGAAGAUGAAGAAGAUGAUGAUGAAAACCGGUGUUUAAGCAAAUAUGAAGUACGGAAGGAGAGUUUUAAACUGUUUACAAGCAGGCAGAAUUGUAAUCAGUAAUUCCAAACAGAAAAUUUUUAAUGCAUACCAACUAUAAACUUUUAAUUAUUCCUAUAUUGCCAUAACCGAACGACCGAAUGGGCUCAGAUUAGUGAAGUCUGAGAUCGCGAGUGGAAAAUAACGGAGACAAACAUGAUGAUAUAGUUUUAACAAGCUUUGGUUUCAGUGUAGUAUGAAAAGGAAAAAAAAAAGAUUAACGUAAAUUAUGCACUAAUUUGUUACAGUUUGAUUGACUCUGAAGCUAUCAGUUACCAAAUACGCAAGCGAAAGGAUUUUCGUAGUCGAAAUAAUCUUAGUUCAAUUUUGUAUAAAAACUAAUCGAAGAAGAACACAGAAAGGUCUACGCAAAACUACGUUCUGUUGAAUCUCAUUUGUUGAUUCUGUUAUAACUUUCGAAUUAGGUCUUUGUUUAUUUUUAACAACAACAAAAAACAUCUCGUUAAAAAAACGAAUGGAUUACCAAAAUCCACCUUUGAGUUACUGACAUCGGAAUGAAUUUGUAUUGAAGAAUCGUCAAUUUACUCAAUCCAAAAUGUGUAAGAAGAAAGGGAAAACCAAACAGAAAAAAAGAAAACACUUACAAUGCUACUAUAAUUAUUGAAGCAAAUUGUAAUUGAAACAGAAUCAAUGUGAACAAAAUAACUAGGUUUUUAUUUGAAAAUGGAAAAUAAUUAUCGCAGAAGCAGCAAGCAACAAAAAUCCAAUAAUUAUUCAAAUUACAAUUAUAAAAAUAAACUAAAGCAAAAUGCAAAACCGCGCCCGGCCCAGUGAGCUUUCGGACGAGCCGAUUCGGGUGCAGAGUCAACAACUAUCUUUAGUAGCGUUAAGGGAAGGCGACUUUUUGCGGUGACAAGAUGGUGGCGCGGCGCCACAUGCAGGCAGGCCGGUUGGACCACCCUAACCGCCUUUUUUCUUACACGGAAGAAGGGUGGGGUUGGUUUUGGUACGUCCAAAGCACAAUGUCGGAAACGUUCAAAAUUCGACCAAUUUCGGUGCCCCUUUUUCGGCCAAAAGUUUGCUGACUUUGUACACAACUUGUAGCAAUCGGCAAACUUUCCCAGGUUGAUAGGCUAAAUUCUACAAAAAAAAGAUAAAUUUAGAUUUUUAAAAUGUUUGGAAAAAUUGUGCCCUACCGAGCGCAGGAAAGGAUUCGCUCCGGGUUUGGUUCUGGAGCUGGACGGAAGAAGGCUUUUUUGAUGAUUCCUAUGAACGACUCCUGACACCACGAUGACCGCUCGGACACUCGGUCUGCGGUCGGGUUUGCGGAACUACUUAUUUUUUGUAAUCUAAUUUUAAUCACAAACACACAUUCACACAGAAACACACACACUCAUAUGUAUUUAUUCUCUUAUUAAAAUGAAUAAAAAAAAAAUAAACACAGACACAACAGUAAAUAGUAACAAAUAAUCAGAAAUAUUCAAAAAUUAUUUCUCAGCAAAACAAAACCUAAGAGAAAACAGGAUUCAAGCAGUACGCAAAUCGAUACCCAAAAUCAACCAUAACAAAUAGAACACACUUUUCAAUUAACGGGCAUGCUUUCAUCGUAAACAAAACAAAAAAGAAAACAAUUACAACAAAACAGUAAAACAAAGCAAAAAACAAUAUGAUAUGAACAACUUUCAGCUACUCUAAUUUGAGCUCAUUUCCAGAAAAUCAUUUAUCGUCAGUCUUAUCUGAACCAUAUUUUGGCACAAUUUUGGCGCAUUUGAAGAUAUGCAUGACACCGAAAUCUGUAGUGGACACACGUACUACUUGCAUAACUAGUAUUUGGUCAACUCAGCCAACAUUUCAAAAGCAUAAGAAGCAAAGCAAAUUUUAAAACCAACACACAACACACAAACACACUUGCAAACCUACGGAAGUAAAACAACUAAAAAAUACAGAAAAAAAAUAUUUUCGGUACUACUUGGGAGUUUUUGUUUAUAUUUUGUAAUAUGUAACUACCACACUUGUUUUCCAUAGAAAGUUUUGUGAGAGAAAGAGACAACAGAAAAAAAAUCAGUAUACCGAUUCACAAUAGCAAAAGGUUUGGGCAAAUUCACACAAAUACACCUACAACACACACGGAGCGGUAACAGCAGGCACUCUUGUUUUGGUGAAGCGAAACUCACCACCACUUGGACGCAAACGCAAAACAUGAAAAGAGCACAGCUGCUACCGCGUGUAAAAGAGGAAUGCAAACAUCAAAACAAUAGUACCAAAUCGACGAAUACAUACGAAAAAGGAACACAAAAUUACCGCAAACAACAACAAAAAAAAAUCCCACAAACAGCAAACGUUUAUACUAUGUAUGACAAACAAUAGACCAGAAGGUAUCCGGCGCCUGUACAGAAAACAAGAGAGAGAGAGGAGAGUGAGAGAGGAAACAAUUGACAGCUCUCUCAAAAUUUCCACCAGAAAAAAAAACAAACACACACACAGAGAAACAGGAAGUCCGAAGUGUGUCGGCCACUUCCGGCGGCGGGUACUGAUUUCUAAUUGAUUUGCUUUCAUUUUUAUCGACUCCAAACGAAACGUACUCGAGGGGAAAUCUCCCCUGCGUGGACAUUCAGAGAUGACGUAGUGACUAAUCUUAGUCGCGUCCUCGGAACGUUGGAGUUAGGAUGUAAAUAUUUAAACACACGUUUAUUUACCGAUUUUCAUUUUUAACAACCGAACACACACAAAACUUCUCGACGCAGGAUUUUUCUCGUCGGGAAAAUAUAUUUUUAAGUUGAAAUAGGAUAAAGUACCUAAAAAUAUUUGAAAGAAAAGCAGAAAACAAACACAGAAAUAGUGAAAAAUUAUCUUAAAACCACUCAAAAGUAAUGUAGUUUGAAAUCUUUUGCGAAAAAAAAAUGAGAAACAUUUGUGCCAAAAUUUUUCACAAAAGCGAAACCAAAAACAACAGUAAUUGCUGGUAAUAAUGACACGCUUACGAGCAAAAUUGGAUUUUGUUAUGUAAACCACCCCCUCACAGAUUUGGGCUGAACGUUUUCGGUACACUCAUUUUUUUCUUUCUCUAAAGUUUCGUUUUCUGUAUUUUACCUAUCCUCUGUAUAAUGGGUAAAGAUGUGCAAUAUGAAUUUUUCUGUAACAAACACCAACAGCAAGGUGACAAAAACAAGAGAAGCAAAAAAAACUAGCGAUCAAAAGAUGUAAACAAGUAACAACCAUUUUGGCGAUUUUUCAAUGCUCUUUAAAAAAGAUACUUUCAGUUAUUUUUAAUUGCAAAUAUGAACACACACACAUAAUAGUCCAUUCGGAGAAACUUAUAUCAAUGUGUCAAAUCUAUCGUAACAAGACAGCAACAAAAAAGAAGCAGAAAUCCAAAAAUAAUAUUGCAAGACCCAAAAGCAUACAGUCACAGUUUGAAGAAACAAAAAAAAAGAAGCAAAUAAAUAUAAUCAGUAAAAUCUUACAAUGUGUAUCACCUAACAACCAUUACUAACAAUAACAAGAAAGGAAAUAGCAUCAAAUAAUAAUCGAUAUUGAAGACAACUACAUUUACCAUCGCAAAUAAAAACAAAACAGGGAAACGGUUGAAAAUAAAACUCAAACACAGAAAACAACAAUAGCAAACGGUUAAUUUUGUGCAACUCCAGCUCAUAUAAAUGCUGAAGAGUGGUGUUUCUUCCCCAAGGGAACUACUUUUGCGGGCAGUUGUUUUUGUUUUGUUAGAAAAUCCCUGUUGGAAAUGGUGAUUCCAAUGACAAAUCGUCCAAUAAAGAUGGAAGGUUUAGCAGUCGAAUCGCCUGACGGGAGAGCUUCAUUUUGCCAAACAAAAGAAAACCAUUUCAGAGCGAAAUUUCAAAGAUUGGUGAAACCCUUUCGGAAAAGAAUACCUACAUAUGAACUAAAAUUGAGACUUUUAACUAAUAUUUAAAAUUUAGAUUGAUAAACAAAGGCAGCGAUUUAGUUUCGUUCCAAUUUGUUAAACUAUUCGGAAUAACGUGUAAUUCUAGUAGUUUUCUGCAAAACUGACGAUUUGAACACUAACUUUUGGCUGCAAAGCUGAUUUCUGGAAACUCAGCUACUAUAUUCGAUAAUCAUAAUGUAAACUAAAGCAAAGUUUCUAUCACUGAAGUCUAAACAUCUCAAAUUUAAACGAAAAUGUGUUAUUGUUUACAGUAUUUUCGACCUACAUUUUGACAGAUAAUUUGAAAAAAAAACUCGAACGCCUCUAGCGGUGUCAAGCGAAAACGUUAUGCAAACCAUGUUGCCAGUUUCAUUGAUUAUGUCUAAGCAUAAAGUUGUAUCAACAUUUUUUCAUAAAUGAAUGUUACGGAUGACAACGGCAAGAUAAAUGGGAGCAUUUAUUAAAAUAAAUUAUGUAUAAUAUCUGGGCUUGGGUUCAGAAGACUACCAUUGGCGCCUUCUGACGUGAGAAUUUUUGACAGGUCAACAAUCCGCAAAAGCUCCUCACAAAUCCAUCUGCUCGUAUACAAAAAUUGUAUAAAACUUACUCAGAGGUUCAAAUGGUAGGCUUUGUAGUGUGAUGAUGGGAAAAUUGACCUUUCCUACAAAAGCUACAAUUUUGACAAAUAAUUUAAAAAAUCAACGAUCCCUACCAUUACUCCAAACCUGCAAUAAUGACAUUUUGAAUACCCAAAGAAAUCAGAAAAUAUUUCGAUUUGGAGGCAUUCCCCAUCAUUUAGAUUAUUUUAAAUAAAUAAUAAAAAAAAAGCUCGCAAAAGUUCAAUACCACUCUCUGGCGUUUGACCUACUCAACACUAACAAUAGACAGGUUAACAAUAGUGCGGCCCAUUCCAGGCAACCAAACCAGGGAACAAAAUUUGUCGCAAUCAAAAAGCAAAACAUUAUUCGGACGGUUUAAUUUUUUGGUAACUAUCAACAAAAAACAACUGGCAAACAACUUUUGACAAACUAUAACGAAACAGAUUUGGGCAAACAACAAGAACACAUUUCGGUCGGAAAACAUGUUUUUUUAAGAAUAAAAAGGUGUUGAUUGUUUUCAAACUUUCAUUUGUUGUUUUUAAUGUCGUUUUCAUCGACAUGGAGUUAGAUUCUCAUACAAUAUUUGAGCAUUUGUUUCUCUUCAGCGUUCGUUUGAGUUCUAUUAUCACUGUUUGGUUAGGUUAUCUAGCAGACGAGAAAAUAAAAAAUAAAAACAAAAUAUUGAAGAAGAUCAUCAACAAUUCUAACAACAUUCAGAGCAGAGAAGAAAGAAACAUUCGGGAAGAAGUUAUGUUUUUGGAAAUUUUGAUAUAAGGCGCAAAUACAAAAAGCGACAAAAGCAAAUCAUUCAGAAACUGGAAGAAAAAAAAACAAAUAGUCAGGCUACAAAAAACAAUCACUACAAAACAUCAAGUUUAUUAGUUCCCUUUGGUUACAAGUUAUGGAAACUGGUAGUUAAAAAGACUUAUAAAUAUCGUGGAAAACAAAAACAACUUUUCAGAACAACAACAAAAGCGAAUAAUAAUUGCGCGCAAAAAGAAAAUCUUUGGAACAAACCGUUUAAAAACGCAAGCAAGAUCAUGGAAAGAGUUACUAAAGGAAGGAAAACAUCAACAAAGUAAAAUAAUUUCGAAGAAAGCGAACAAAAAAAAAUGCAAUAACAGUUCUUGGUAAGUGUUUAAUGAUGGAAAAUGAUCCUUAUUCUUCCCAGCCAAAAUCAUACAAGCAUUAUAUAAUAUGGUAAUACUCUGUAAAAAAAAACUUUCUAGCAAACAAAAAAUAAACUGUACACAACAGAAAAAGGAAUCGUCAGUACGUCAGAAGAGUAUUUUUGUAUCAAUAUUUUGUAAACGUUUGUGUAUAGUAACUUUACGAAUAAAACCAAAAUCCAGAAAAUAAAAAAACAAAUAUUUAGGCAAAACACAUACGUUAAAGCAAAAAAAAGGUAUAGAUAAAGAAAUGGUUACACUGUAAAACUUUCGGCAAACUUACUCUUAUUUGUAACAAAAGUAAAAUUGUACAUUUAGGCAAGAAAAAUAUCCACUCCAAAUAUAAUCACAUGAAAAAAAUAACACUUUCGGCAAACAAAAUUACUCAUUAUGUACAUAAAUAAAUUUGCACCCACGGAAGAAAGGACCAUUUUCCAACCUUCAACACGCAGCCAAGUUGUGCUAUCUGCGUUCCAAAAUCUCUUCUCAUCGUUGAGAAAUAUAAAGUUAUGUGAGCGAAACGUUAAGAAAAUCUAAUCUGAGUGAAAAUUAUAAGUUUUAUAAAUGGCAAAAUGAAAUCAUUUUGAAACCAGAAGCGAAAGUUAAAUUAAAAAAAAAACCAAAAACAAAAGAAUGUCCAAAUCGUCAUGAUACAAGACGAAGCAGUUAUGCUAAUAAUCUUUAUUAAAACAAGAUUCUACACUGAGAGAAAUAAAACAAGACAAGCUAAUUUUAGGGAAAAAAUAUGCUGAUGUUUUAAAAAGAGGAAACUAAAACAGUGUAGUUGAAGAUUAAAUCGUCGGAUCAUGCCCGUAUGAAAACGUACAAAAAGUAAAGAUAUCUUUAUUUCAAAGCGAUUUUCUUUCUAUUACUAAAUUAAGUGAUGAUCUUAUUGUAAAAUGAGAAGAAAAAGGUGAAAUCUAGUAUAAAAUAAAUUGUGAGCGGAACAAACGUUGGGAAAAUCGAAAUCAGACAACACGAGAGAGGAUUUUGUUAAACAAUGUAACAUUUAACAGUAUAUAUAAAGCAUGAACAUACAACUUUUACGUUUGAGAAUAUUUUUUCUCAAAAUUUCUAUCAAAAUUAUUAUUAAAAUUUAAGAGACAAAACAAAAAAACGAAGCAAGAAAAAACUACUAACAAAAGAAAGCAAAAACACAGAAAUUGUAAAAAAGUAACCAAACUGUAAUAUAAUGGUCGAUUUCUAGAAGAAAAAUUAAACAUAAAGCCCAAAAUAAACACUAAAAAAUUACCUACAAGUGGUUGACGCACAUUAUAAAACCGUUUCAAACUAGAAGAAAGAGCAAAUAAAGCGAAAAAACGGGAUUGCAAAAGGCACCCGCAAAAAAGCAGCAGCAUACACAUAGAAGAAAGUAAAAGCGAUUAAGGAAAAAUAAAACACGAGCGAACAAGAAAAAACGAACAUCAAAAUAUCGAAAAUUUUGAGCAGCAAACUGGAAAGCACGACGAGCAACACUAUCAAUAAAAA